GUCCUUCCGUUGAUAUGACGCGCAUUACGCGCGCACUUCUCGACGAAGAUCUGGAGAUUAUAGGGGAAAGGACGAUAACUAUUCCUGACGACGACGCCCGAAGCCCAUUCCUCAACAAUGGCUCUACCAUCACUCCGCGCGCUUGAAGAGUGCUCCGACUUCUCCAAGACGGUCGAACCGUUCAUCCCACAGCUAUACGAGCUUCCGCAAAAGCUGCUGGAGACCAUCUCUAGGCGGGAAGGCUUCCUCGAUCUCUACCUCGAUACAAAUCCAUUAAUCUCGGGCUUUGCUAUUUCCGUCUUCCUCGGAGCCGUGUUCUUGGUGGCCUCGGAGGUCAACAGAAAUUACUCGCAAGUGGACCGCUUCUGGAGCUUGCUGCCGACAUUCUACAUAGCACAUUUCGACCUUUGGACACGUCUAUCCGGGUUAUCGAGUCAGAGGAUCGAUGCUAUCUUGCUCUUCAGCGUUAUAUGGAGCGCGCGCCUGACUUUCAACUAUUGGAGAAAGGGAGGGUACAGUGUCGGAUCCGAAGAUUACAGAUGGGAAAUCAUCCGCAACCAAGUCCCGGCCUGGGUCUUCCACAUCUUUAAUUGGACGUUCAUCUCCUUCAUCCAGAGUAUCUUGCUGUUCGCCCUCGCGGCGCCAGUAUACGUCGUUUUGCUAUCGACUCAGUUCGAACCAGAAGUCAUGAGCUCCGAUCUAGCCUACAUAGUGAUUGAGUUGGGCAUGGUUGUUAUCGAGGUGUUUGCGGAUCAACAACAGUGGGAUUACCAAAAUGCGAAGAGACAGUAUCAGAAAUCGGCCAAGGUUCCCCGAGGCUACAAGCAGGCCGACUUGGAUCGUGGUUUCAUCACGUCUGGUGUGUGGGCAUACAGCAGACAUCCGAAUUUCGCAGCCGAACAAUCAAUCUGGUUCAUCGUCUACCAGUGGAGCUGCUAUUCGACCAAAGUGCUAUAUAACUGGACAGCGGCCGGGCCAACAUUCUUGGUCCUCCUCUUCCAAGGUUCGACAUGGCUCACAGAGCUCAUCAGCUCUGGCAAGUAUCCUGAAUACAACGACUACCAGCGUCAAGUCGGCAUGUUUGUCCCGAUAAGUUUCUCGGCUUACCGGAUGCCGGAUGCCCAACCCAAGAUCAUUCGGACCAGUGAGCUCGCUAAGACCCAAAAGCAGAAGCAAAAAUAAGGGCGAUCCCUAGAAGCGAUCACUAGAAGCGUGCACUCACAAUCGGCAACUGGGCGCACAGAUGCCCAUCUGGAGCAAGAAGGGCAUGGAUUUCCGAGUUCCGGGUGGCUCUGAUUGGGCGUUGGUUCUACAUAGCAGAGUGGCAUGUAGAAGGUUGAUGAUGGAGAGGCAGUGCCCCACGGAUAGCUUACGUAUUAAUUUGUACAAACCGGAGCCAGACGACUUAGGUCGGUAAGGUUCCCUUGACUCAUUAAACAGAGUUCUUCCGACAAAAAAAUCGUUCACCAUCAGACAACCCUCCAUAGAAAACUUCGACUGUCAUGAUUCAGUCAGAAUUCCAAAGCCCAAUCAGGUGGAGUUACGGAUUGGUCCCCUGA